AUGCUCUGGAAAGGGGCUUCUUUCGGCGUUACCCUGGGAACCGUGUUUGCUAUCUGGGCAAUGCUGUCGGUCAGCCUGAACCUGGUAGUGGGCUACAGUGGCCUCUUGUCCAUCGGGCAUAUUGGUUUUUUCGGUCUGGGGGCCUAUUCCGUUGCCAUCCUGACUUCGACCACUUCCUAUGAACAACUGCGAACCGGGGCAAUUCCUACCUUCGGCUGGCCUUUCUUCGCGGCAUUGCCGGUAGCCAUAUUGGUGGCCGGCCUGGUCGCGCUCCUGGUGGGGCUAGCCUUCAAUCGCUUCAGGGACGACAUCUAUGUCCUGGUCUCCUUCGGAUUCGCUAUAAUUGCCUUCAAUGUUUUCCUUAAUUUCCGCGUGAUCACUCGGGGCGCUUUUGGAAUCCACGAUGUUGCCAGGCCACAAAUUGGUAGCUGGGUGCUUGACUCUGAGCUGGAACUCAUGGGUCUGGCUUUCGUGUUUCUGGCGAUUGUAGUUGUCAUUUCAUGGUUCAUAGUGUCCUCGUCCUUCGGAAGGGUGCUAACCGCCAUCCGGGAGGACGAGCAGGUGGCUGAGGUUUUCGGGUACCACGCCAGCCACUACAAACUUGCCAUCUGGGUGAUUUCGGCAAUGAUGGCCGGGUUGGCAGGGGGCAUGUUCUCGAGUUGGACCACUUUUAUAGACCCCAAUUCGUUCAUACUUCUGGAAUCGGUGCUGCUGGUCUCCAUAGUAAUCCUGGGUGGAUUGGCAACCAUCUGGGGGUCAUUGCUGGGCGCCCUGGCAUUUGUGCUGCUGGAGGAGGGGAUGCGUUUUCUGCCUUUCCUGCCUCAGGAGUACGUGGGCCAGGCACGCCAAAUUGUGCUGGGGGUCUUGCUGGUCGUGUUGAUGAUGUUCCGGCCGCAAGGACUGGUUGGGAGGUUCCGGCUAUGA